AUGGGAGAGACACUAUACUUCGCAUAUGGCAGCAACCUCUCUUUCGAGCAGAUGGCCAGACGUUGCCCCCAGAGUCGCUAUGUCGGCCGUGCCCGACUUCAAGGAUACCAGUUUCAGAUCAACGAGCGCGGUUAUGCUAAUGUAGUGGAGCGACCUGGACUAUUCGUUGAAGGUCUCUGCUACCGUCUUAACCCCGAAGACGAAGCCCGGCUGGAUCGUGCUGAGGGAGUACCGAAUGCGUAUGUUAAAGAGGGGAAAAAUGUUGAGUUUUUCCCGGCGCAAGCGGCACUUUUAGGGAGAACGGUGACAGAUCUGAUCCAAGAACCUACUCCGAUUAAUCAGAAUCAACAACGGGAUCAGAGUAGAGAAGGCGAAGAAGUCCUCGCGAUGGUUUACUUGAGCACUAGAUACGUCACUCCCGGCCCUCCUUGGGAUGAGUAUAUUAUCCGCAUGGAACAAGGACUUCAACAGGCCUUACGGCUAGGGGUUUCAUCCGACUAUGUUGACAGCGAAGUUCGACCAGUUCUAAAGAUCGGGAAGGGGGUUAGAGCGGAUAGGGUCACGUCUCCGGUUUCUUCCAUGAAUAGAAAAUGA